UAUAUAGCCGCGGACGCGUGGAGCACAACAGUAUUAUCUCGACUGGCUUCGGAGCACGAACAUAGAUUUCCUUCAUCAAGCGCCUUAGAACGACAUGUUGCCUGCAACUUUCAAACUGUGCGCCGGUAUCUCCUACCGUCAUGCAAGAAACAUGACAGGGCUGAGGAAGACGGCCAUGGUUGCCAUUAACCAUGAGCUGAGCAGGCUGUCAGGCCCAGGGCCCAGCCGCUGGAUCAGCCAGGUCCGGAGGAGGAGCUCCCUACUGAGCAGCAGGAUCGAGGAGAAGGCCUUCAGCGAAACGGACAUGUCCUACAUCAAACAGGGGGAAGAAGCCCUCCAGAAGUCAAUCAGCAUCCUCAGUGACCAGGAUGGCUGGCAGACGGAGAUUGUGGCAGCCAAUGGAGACAAGGUGCUGAGCAAGGUGUUGCCAGACAUUGGGAAAGUGUUCAAACUGGAGGUCUUACUGGACCAGCGACCUGACAACCUGUACGGGGAGCUGGUGGAUAACAUGGAGCAGAUGGGCGAGUGGAACCCCAACGUGAAGCAGAUUAAGAUUCUGCAGAGGAUUGGCCAGGACACCAUGGUGACCCACGAGAUGGCGGCGGAGACCCCGGGGAAUGUGGUCGGGCCGCGGGACUUCGUGAGCGUGCGCUGCGCCAAGCGCAGGGGCUCCACCUGCUUCCUGGCGGGGAUGUCCACGCACUACGCCGGCAUGCCAGAACAGAAGGGCUUCGUCCGAGCAGAGAACGGGCCAACGUGCAUCGUUAUGCGACCCAGUUCCGAAGACCCAGAUAAAACCAAAUUCACCUGGUUGCUCAGUAUAGACCUAAAGGGGUGGAUACCGAAGACCAUAAUCAACAGGGUGCUGUCCCAGACGCAGGUGGACUUCGCGCAGCACCUGAGGCAGAGGAUGGCAGCUGGCUACAGCAUGGAGGCAGCACAGGCUUGCUGAUGUCACAGCCCUGCCCCCCCUCCCCACCCCAUGAGGCACGUGCACACUGAGGACCACACCCUUCCCAGCAGCUACUGUCAACGCUCCUGUCUACACCACACAGAAACAGGCCCCUUCCACGUCGAGGCUCUGAUUCGCCGGUUCUGCCCGUUUCAGGAGAGCAGGGCGCUUCCGAUGUCUAUCAAGCAAAACCAGAGCUACUUUCUGCAAUACUGCAACACAAAUAUUAAAUACGGUCAUGCAUUGUAACCAGGAUCAUUUCUCAUCUCCCACUGCUGCACACCCGCUCUCUGGUGCUGGGACUAAUGAUAUUCCACGACCUGAAGAAAACUCAAUUUCCCAGAGUGCUCAGCAACAUUGAUGUUAGCAUUACUAGUCAUACAUAGCUCAGUGUACAUGUGCCUCACCUAGCACAAAUCUGCUUGAGGACUGGAAGAUUGCUUAGAUCUAAUUCUACCCCCUUCUAAGUAGAAUUUGCACUUUGUAUUUUGUAUUUUGUUGCCCGUAUUUAUUGUAAAAGAACACUGCUGUAAAUCACCCUGGCUCGGCAAAUAAAUUAUGACAAUUGCAA